GGCAUAGGGAGAACGGGAACGUAUAUAGCACUUGACGCCUUAUACCGAGAAGGUGAAAAGACAGGGAAAGUUAAUGUGCAGAAAUAUGUGGAAAUCAUGAGAAAAGACAGAAUGAACAUGAUACAGGGUAGUGAUCAGUAUGAAAUUGUCUAUUUGACGCUCUGUGAGUCUUUCAGAGGAAAAUCUAAAUGCAUGUCUACAGAGUCAUUUUUGCAAGAGUACCAGCAACACUCCUGUUACUCUAAUUCUGGAAAAAAUCAAACCAACCCAUCACUAUCUGGAGAAUUUGAGGAAUUGACAAACCUAAAAAAAGAACAUUCUCAGAAAGAUUUUGAAUCGGGACAAGCUAAUAUCAAGGCAAAUUAUUCACCAGCAAUUUUACCAGUUGAGGAAUUCAGAUGUUAUUUGGACUACGUGAAAAAUAGAGGAACAUAUUAUAAUGCUGUUCUUCUAAAGUCUUUUACUAGAAAUGACGCCUUGAUCAGUGCUCAGUACCCCCUUCCUGAUUUCACGGAAGACUUCCUCAGAUUACUAACAGACUUUGAUGUCCGCUUUGCUGUAUUCCUAUCUCCCCUGAGAGAUAUUUCCUCGUCUAGCCUGUGGUUUCCAUUCAAAAAACAGACAAAAACAUUGGGAUCGUUCACAGUAAAAUUUGCAGAUUCUUCAAAUUCCAGCAAUAUUAAUACCACAGAAAUUUUGCUGAAGCGAGAGGGAAGUGGUGAUAUAAGAAGAUUGGCUGUAGUUGAAUGCAGGGCGUGGAAAGAAGGCUUGUCUUUAGAUCAUAGGGCGUUACUUGACGCGAUAAAGGAAACAAAAAUUGAAAAAAGCCUGACUGGAAGCAGAAUUCUGAUUUUGUCCAAUGACGGUGCCAAACGCUGCGGGCCAUUCUGUGUUGUUUACAACUGUCUGGAGCAAAUAUCCCUUGACAACGAAUUUGAUAUGUUUACCAAUACACGUUUGCUUCAAAUUCGACGACCGGAAUUUAUCUCAACAUUGGAUGAAUACCAGUUUUGCCAUGAUGUUUUAGCCGAAUAUCUUCAGAAUGAUACAGUUUACGCUAAUUGCUAAAUGGACAUAGCUGCAAAUAGUUAAACCUAAUUGAAAUUAUACAUAAUUUUAUUAACAAAACAGUGAAUGGGAACGGGAAGCAGGCAUCACCUAUUUUAGUCCUCUCUCUAGUGAAAAUACUGAGACGUUUAAUGUUUGCUGAAUGAGCACAGUCUGUAAGAAGAAUGACUUUACCAGUUUUUGCCACUAAUGAUGAAUAUAUUUCCGUUUUUUGUUGCAAUUUAUAAAAGCAAUACAGCAUAUGUUAAGUCAUCGACGGACAAAA